AUGAACGUCGUUUCUGAGCGUUGCAACUAUAUUCAAUCCCCAAGCCACAGUCUGGCGACCUCCUCUUCAACUUCCCAAUCUCUCUCUCUACACAUACCUGAUAGCCGCUUUCGAUUUCUAAUUUUGUUUCCGUUUGUCCAUCCAUUGAAUCUUUCCGGCGAUGGCACCGCCGCUCCGUUACACAUACCUCCGAUCGACAAUUGGUGGUGGCUAUCACACAAAGGAACCACCACUUCAUUCCUCUGCAUCUCCCUCUUCGCAUUACUGAUCCGAUCGAUUGGUACAGAAACGGCACUCACAAUCUCACUUACUGGGGACUCGAUUACCCUCCUUUAA